UGUUCCCCCUCGUCUGUCUGUGUUGCUGGCGGCUGGUGGCGCGAGAGGCAAAGAUCGCUCGGUUGGCGGUGGGGGGGUCGUGCACGGGACACCGAAGCAGUUGCAUGGUCGGUAGGUGGGGCACCCCCGAGGCGGCGACCAGUUACCUCUCCAAUUACGCUGGCAGUCCACGACUUCCCGCAUUGUCUCUCCGCGCGCCGUGCUGUGCUCGUUCUGUGUUAUGUGCCCCUAAUGAGCGCCUCUUGCCUGCCACCGAUGGUGUGUGAAGUCCACAACGGCCAUGCGCGGUCAUGGUGAUUAGAUAACGGACUUCGGCCGGCAGUGGUGCUUGCUGGCGGCCUACCCGCGAAGUGUGCUUCGACCGGUGUCAAUCGGGAAAGUCCUGUGACAGUGCUUGAGGCGGUGGGUUUCCACCGUGCGUCGUCGCGACUCAACAGCAUGCCGCUCUUUGGUAAGAAAAAACGAGACUCAGAUUCCCUGUCCCCUGACGGCGACGCCGAUGCCAACGGCGCCGCGCCUGGAGGAUCGCCGACGGCGAACGGCAGCGGAGGCGUGCACCCUGCUUCCUCGCCCGCCGGUUCUACAGCCGACGGUCUGUCCAAGAGCCUGCCCAAACCAAAGCUAGUGUUCCACUGCCAGCAAGCGCAGGGCAGCCCGACCGGCAUAAUCUCCGGCUUCUCCAACAUCAAGGAGCUCUACCUGAAGAUCGCCGAGUGCUACGACUUCCCUGCUUCGGACAUCCUGUUCUGCACACUCAACACGCACAAGGUGGACAUGAGCCGUCUUUUGGGCGGCCAGAUCGGGCUCGAUGACUUCAUCUUUGUGCACCGUCGAGGCCAGCCAAAAGAAGUAGAGGUGCUCAAGGGAGAAGAUUCCUUGGGUCUCACCAUAACUGACAAUGGGGCGGGCCUAGCAUUCAUCAAGCGCAUCAAAGAGGGCUCCCUUAUGGACCGCAUCGGGUUUGUGCAGGUUGGUGACCACAUAGAGCGCAUUGAUGACAGAAGCAUGGUCAACUGCCGCCAUUAUGAGGUAGCGAAAGCACUCAAGGAGAUCAAGAAGGGCUCCACAUUCACACUUCGCCUGGUUGAACCUCUCAAGGCUGGUUUCUCACACAUAGGGCCUCGGAGUGGAGCAACGGCUGGUCAGGCUAAGAACAAGGGUACCCUUGGCUCUGGCAAGGAGACCCUGCGGUUGCGUUCCAAGGGUCCUGCCACUGUGGAGAAAGCUCCUGACAAUGUGAUCCAGGCAGCAGUGGACAAGAUUAAUGCUCUUCUUGAGUCUUACAUGGGUAUCAACGACUCUGAACUAGCUACUCAAAUCUGGGAGCUUGGUUGCGAGAGGCCCAACCCACAUGAAUUUGUGACUGCGGUGGCCGAUUCUGACCUGGAUGCAUUCGGUUUCACUGAAGACUUCCUCUUUGACAUCUGGGGUGCAAUUGGAGAUGCACGGGCUGGCCGACUGCCACCCAAGGACCACACUGCCCGUACUGACCUCUGAGCAGUGGUCUUGUGAACAGUAGUUUGUUUUUUGAGGGGGGGGGGGGGGGGAGAUGUAUGCAUGUCCCUUUUCGGGACCCUACGGAGGUUAUUCAAACAGCAGGUCCCAGUUCAGUGCAUGACUGAGUUAACCAAUUAUGACUGCUGCUGGAGUGAACUGGUCAGCCUGUUCUCUGCAUCAGUCUGUGAAGUCACCGUGGACAGCGUCUGUGCACCAUGCAUCAGCAGUCAAAGAGAAGCUCUCCUUUGAGGCUUUAUGGGACACAAGUGUCUUCUGUAGCAGAUACUGUGCAUGUGUGUUAGCUGCUUUCCAAGCAGAGCUGUAUGGUGGCUUCUCUUUAUUUCCCGGCUGGUUUGUUCUGAUACACUGGUCAAGCGCUAACCACCGCUGUGAUUUUUAUUUUCAGGUUCUUGUGUAGGCGUAAAGUUCCUUUCACUUCCCAAUCAUGACAUUCCAAGCAUUGCGGUUGGGCAGAUUAAUUGGUGCUACAUGGUGUCACUAAUAUAGUACGAGCUUUCAGAACACUUGUGUGGCUAGAAGCUCUAGAAUUGACAUCCACUUACACUUUUCACAUUAGAGUACUGAGGACUUGGUUUUGAAAGUUUGAGACAUAUUUUUUAUAUGCAUAUAAGUGAACAUGUACAAAUACUUCACAGUGCAAUUUUGAAGCAAGAUGUGCAGCCCUGAGAACUUACCAAGCUACGAGACAUAACAAACUGAGAGGAAGGCCUUGUUCAUCUACUUAGCAUGUUCACUUGACUGAGCAUUAGUAAAACUGUGGAAAACCAACAUGACAAGUUAUGCAUAUCACACAAUGAUCUGAAACAGCUCUGCCUUAUACAUCUGCUAACAAUAUAAAGCCUAUAUUUUCUGCCAGUUUAUGUGCUUUGACACUAGAGUUAUGUGUGCACAAAAUGCCUUUUUCUCGCAUCUGGAGGAACACUACGUUUUCUGGACACACUCCAGGUUCUUCCAAUCCAGCAUACACAAGCUCCCACUGAAGUGACAUUCCAACUACACUUUUGAAAUAUUUACACUUUUUUGUUGUCUUUUUGUAGUGCUUUUUGCAACAUGAUUUUGUACAUUAAAUUUUCAUUCACUUGCUCCCUUUCUAGAGGUACUAAUGUGUUGCAGUUGUGCUUGGACAUAGCUGGCAUAGCUUGAUUAAAUCAAGAGUGAAUGGAGUGAGGAUGAUUUACCUGUUUCCUUCUCUCAAGACAGUGGUGCUCCUGAAUCCCAUUUGUAAGGUAUUCAACGGCACAGUCUAAGCACAUGCUGUGUAAAGAAACUCGCCAUCCUAAUCCAUCCUGCAACAUGUGCAUCAUUGCAUAUUUUUGCAUGGCACAAAUAUAUUGACCAACAGGGACAAUGAAAAUGGAAAUUGAAGUGUAUUCCUACCAAAUUUUCUAUCAGCACUUCAACACUGUGUGCUCAUGUCUUUUCCGUUAAAGUGCCUCUAACUUUGUUAGAUACAUGCAAAGCUCUUUUUGUGGAGCUGCUGUAUUUUAGCUUUUGCUUAAAACAUUACAAAUAUCUGUGCCACAGACUUGAUUCAUUGUAUUAUGCUCUGGCACUGUCAUACUAUGCAAUGUACGAUAGAUCCCUGUGUACAUUUCACAGGGGCCUGCUGUCAUAUUUGAUAACUUGCAAAGAUCACUGGCAUUCAAGAAAGGAGACACCAAAUCAAAUUUUCCGUCAAAGUGUUGUGCAAGGCAGCUAUUUUCAGCAUUCAAUUUAAUUAAUUUAUUUAAAUGAGGCUGCUAUCACAAUAUUGGCAAAAAACAAAUAUCCAUGGCAAGCAUGCCGAUUAUGCCCGAGAGUUAGGCCUCUAAAAAUGGGAAGAACAUGGUAGAAACAGUCAUGCGUGUAACUGUGAAAAGCAGUAAGCUUGCACUCGUUGUAUGAACUGUGCUUAAUUCAAAACAGAGGAUGGUGUCAAACUGCACAAAAGUUUGGCAGAGGAAAUAGUUUAUCUGGCUAGGUUCUAAAUAGAACAUAGUAAUGAGCAAGAAUGUCAAAUUUCCACUGAACCGCAAGAAUACUUUGAGUGGCCUCAAACCUAUUGACGGCUGUCUAGUAUACCAUUUCUUGCACUGAUACUUGUCUCGCGAAAGUUCUUGCAGACAUCCACUAGUCAGACAUGGUUCUUUCUCUAAAUGUGCUAGACAAGGAAUGAAGACGGUAAACAUUUAUACUGUGACCUUGUCUCUGAAUAAACCAUCUUAUUUUUCAA